GAGAACGAGAGACUCCAGAAACUACUGGACGCUGUUUUACAGCCUCAGCUUCGGAUACACAGAGCAGUCGUACAGCUGCUGGUGGUGGUUAAAGAAGAGCUUCUCUCUGACCAGCAGGAGUGGAGCUCCAGUCUGGACCAGGAGGACCCAGAGUCCCCCCCAUACAUUAAGCAAGAACAGCAGGAACUCAGGAUCAGUCAGGAGGGAGAGCAGCUUCAGGAGCUGGAGGAGGCUAAUAUCAUCAAGUCUACUUUCACUCCUGACCCUGUGAAGAGUGAAGAUGAUAAAGAGAAACCUCAGUCCUCACAGCCUCAUCAAAGACAAACUGAACACAUGGAAACAGAAGCUGUUGGAGAUGACUGUCGAGGACCAGAACCUGGCAGGAACUCAGUUCCAGAAAGCAGUUUACAACCAAACACUGAGGACAACACUGGAGACUCUUCUGAACCUGACUCUGGAGACUCAUCUGAACCUGACACUGAAGACAGUGCAGAUUGGAAGGAGACCAGAGAACCUGCGUCACUGAAAAAUAGACAAGAAUCUGUCAGUGAUUCAAGCCGUAGUGCUGUAAAGAAACAAUUUGGCUGCUCUGUGUGUACAAAAUCUUUUACAUAUAGAAGCAAUGUUCAGCGACACAUGAGAGUCCACACAGGAGAGAAACCAUACAGAUGCUCAGUCUGUAAGAAACCUUUUUCACAGAGAGAACAUUUAAAGGAACACAUGAGAAUCCACACAGGAGAGAAACCACACAGCUGCUCAGUCUGUAAGAAAGCUUUUUCACAGAAUAAAAAUGUAAAGACACACAUGAGAGUCCACACCGGAGAGAAACCACACAGCUGCUCAGUCUGUAAGAAAGCUUUUUCAAUGAAUAGAAAUUUAAAGGAACACAUGAGAAUCCACACAGGAGAGAAACCACACAGCUGCGCAGUCUGUCAGAAAGCUUUUUCACAGAAUAGAAAUUUAAAGAUACACAUGAGAGUCCACACAGGAGAGAAACCACACAGCUGCUCAGUUUGUAAGAAAGCUUUUUCACAGAAUAAAAAUUUAAAGGAACACAUGAGAAUCCACACAGGAGUGAAACCACACAGCCGCUCAGUCUGUAAGAAAGCUUUUUCACAGAGUGGAGGUUUAAGAAAACACAUGAGAGUCCACACAGGAGAGGGAAUAUACAGCUGCAAUGUUUGUGACAAAAUAUUUCAAUGUCAUAGUGAUUUCAAAAGACACAAGUGUGUUGGUCGUCAGUCCUCACAGCUUAAUGAAAUUCAAACUGAGGAUAACAGAGAGGCCGAGCCUCCAACCAGCAGCUCAGCUGCACACAUGGAAACAGAAGCUGAUGGAGGACAAUGAAUACGUCUUAUGACAGUUCACAUAUGAGAAAAUUCUGUCUGACUGGAUUAACAUUGUUGCACAACAUUCAUAUAAGACUUAAAUGAACUCCAUCUUUAUCAACAUAAGUGGAGAAUAUGUUUAAUGUUUUUGUCAUACUGAUUUUCUGAUUUAUACGUUAACCACUGACUAUUGAUGAACCAUUUUAUUUUGGAUUGAGGGCUCCAAGUUUCCAUAUAGAGAUAUAGGAUGAUUUGAUGUUUUGUUCUUUAUUUCUAAAUGUUUUGUAUCAUUGCUAUCUUGUUAAUGAGUCCGGUUUUACAUAAAUGUACCUGUUCUCUGAUUGUUUUUGCUUCUGUAACUGUAAGGGAAUACAUUUGCCUAUUUUAUAUCCUGAUUACCCAAUGCCGUUACUUUAAUACGUUACUCCCUAAGCCUGAUUUCACCCACCUGCAACCGAUUCACUAAUAAUCACAAAUGUUCAUUUCUUUGACCCGUUGACUCAACUAUUUCUUGUUUAAUAAUCGUUUCAUCUCCUCAGGAGCAAGUUCCCAUGUCCUGCCUUUCACCUGCUGUUCACCCACUGCUCAUUUAAGGUGGACUGACCUUUACAAUGGACCAGCUAAUCCUAGUGUCUUAAUGCAAACGUUUUGUGAUGUUAGAGACCAAAAACAUGCUGUUGGGUCAUGUGCUCUCUGCAGGACGGUGUCUGUACUCAAACAUUGUUUAUGCAAUGAGAGUUUCACUCUGUUUUUUGUUGUCCAAACGACACCAACAGAGUGAUAUGUCUUCUUUCCAGCAGAUGGCAUACAUACAUUAAAUUAUCCAGUUCAACUGUCAUCCACAUAA